GUCUAUAUAACCGAUAGCGUUAUCGUAGGCACAAAAUUUUCACUUCUUCAAGCUUUUUUUCUAAUUUUUCUCACGAAGUCCUCCCGCAAUCUCAUCGAAUCUGGUGACGGAAAAAUUCAAUUAUUUCCUUUUACUAUUUAUUGGUGACCUGGUGGCUCGAGAAGCAGUCCAUAGGCAAUUAUUCAAGACCUUUUGCUUCGAGUUCUGUAGUACUAUUGCACUGCAUUAUUUAGAACACAGUCUGGAGCAUUGCAUAGUGUAUGCUUGUUAUUUAGGAUGUAAAGUGACGUAAAGAUCUGUAUUUUUCAACUGGCAAAACAAGUAGAGAUUCAGACGCCUUGAUUAGGAAAAUAUUUAGAGCAACUACUACUCUUGGUGAGUCUAUACGCAAUUGAAUAUGUUUUUUUCUCUCGUGUCAGUUUCUGCCUCGUCUCAUUUACUAAUUACUUUCACAUUACACAAAUGUGUUUUAUUGGCAGCCUUCUUGUUUUAUUUCCUGCUAUAUAUGGUUCAGCAGUGUUUAUUCCUCUCACAACACAACAUCACUUUGUCUUUUGAUCGUGUUUGUGGCUUUCAUAGUUAUCUAUUCAUUAGUCAGAGUUGUGUUCAUCCUAAUCUGCAGGGGUAAGGUUUUGGGAGUUAAUGUCUUCUUUGGGUGAUCCAUUGCAUCAAUGUUUAGAAAUUCAUAUAUUAGUAGGCUUUGGUUUGAAAUUAAAGGAAUUAGUAGGUUUGGGUUUGAGUGGGUCAUUCCUGGACAAGUAGUGGAGUCGUUGGCAAGCAGACAGAGCUCUUGUUGAAGUCGGAAUUCAGAAGUUUGGAGGAUGGUUCCUCUAUGCUUAAUGUAGUGCAUUUGGCAAGUGGUGGAGUUGUUGGCAAGCUGACAGAGCCCUAGUGGAAGUUGGAGUUCAGAAGUUUGGAGGAUGGUUCCUCAUGCUUAAUGUAGUGCAUUUGGCUAGAAUGUAAUGCCCUGAUAUUUUAAGACUGAGAGGAUGGCAAGAGAGUUAAAAAAACCAUAGUAUUCAGCACCCUCUAUGCUUCAAUGGCCACUCACACCAGCUCCCCACUCCUUAAUUUUCUAGAUUUCAAAGUUUUCCAUUAUUUUUUUCUUCUUACUAGUUGGUUGUAUCCCUUUGUAUACCUUCUGUGUACUAGGGUUGUGCCCCUCUGUGCUAUUCAUAAAAUUAAAUUACUUAGGCAAAAAAAGAAAAAAAAAAAAACUCGGUGAGCAUUGGAAAACUGUGUGCACAGAGACUAUUCAUUCACUUAGAAGUUUGAUAUUGUGGUCAAAACACUUUUUAUCCAUCAUAAUUAGUGGAUUAAAUUAUUUUGAAGUUGUUUAGUUUCAGUAGCCUACUCAUUCUGCUCUUGUGCGCGUGCAUGCCCUUAUUGAGGCACAUUUUCUGGUAAGAUGUUGGACAUAUUUUUUUUUUGAUGUUUUUAUUUUCAGAGACACCUACUUUUAGAUCUUGUGCAUGUUGCACCUCAUCAAGGCUAGUUUUCCAGUAAGAUGCUGGUGAUUUUCUUUUCUGAAUUUGGUGAGGUGGACUCAAACUUAGUUUUAUGAAUAGUUUUUGUGAAUUUAAGAAGUGAACUGAAGGAAUUUGGUAGGUGAAAGAUUAGCUGAAAAGGGCUUACAGCGUUUUAAGAUGGAUAUAACUGGAUGCAGAGAGUCUUGAGGAUGCUGUCGAAAUUGGAUGAGAAAGAAAGUAUCACAUUUGUUAUUUAGAGGACAAGUAUAUAGGCCAAUAUGAUGAUUUCGUUGUGGUUCCAAUAAUAUUGACAAAUUUUUCCUAUGAUAAGGCUGAUUAGAUGUCGGUCAGUUUGUUCAUAACAUCUUUUUUGUGAUCAGUGACUGUGGUCUAUGGUUAGUAUCAUACUUUUGAAUGCUUAAGAAAAAGAAAAGAAAAAACUGAGGACAAGUGUAUGUUUUCACUUUGCUGCUUAUUUAAUUAAAGAACCACCUUGAUCAUGACGUGAUAAAAGACAGUAUGAUUUUGUUGCCUAUUUUUUGGAAGUCUGAAGGGUCCAUGCGGGUGAUUUCUUUUAGUCAUUUUGGUUUUCCAUAACCAUCUACCAUCAUUUUUUUUCUGUUUGACACAAAUGUGCUUUCAUCUCAAUUUAGAUUAGAAUUUCUCUGUUGCAUUGAUGUGUCACUGACAAGUUUUGCCUUCAACAAUGUGUUAAGUUGUUAGUAUUUCUGUUCAUUCAAUGUAGAAGUAUGCUUGAUAGUUCUGGUUUUCUGACGAGUGAAAUGUGCUUGAGUAGUUUACAACAGUGCAAACAAGAUGGCUGGUGUAAAACGAAGAAUGCAUUGUGAUUCAGAUAUAUGUGCUCUUCACAAAGAGUUGGAUGAAGUUUUGUGUCCUAUCUGCAUGGACCAUCCACAUAAUGCUGUUCUCCUCCUGUGCAGCUCACAUGAUAAGGGUUGUAGAUCUUACAUUUGUGAUACAAGCUAUAGGCAUUCAAAUUGCCUGGACCGCUAUAAAAAACUAAGGGCCAACUCUAGGAACAGUCCAACUUUACCCAGUUCUUUGCCUGUAAACUCACACAAUCCUAGUAAUUCCUCUGAUAUGAACAUGAGUACUGACUUAAAUGAGGCUAGUGAAAACCACCACAAUCUAAAUUUAAGAAACACAGUAAUAUCUGCUGGAGCACCGGGAGGAGAUGAACGUGAACCAAGUAGAUUUGUAGAAAUACAAGAAGGUAUAUUAGAAACAGUUGAUUCUGAAUCCUUUCAGGAAGGAGUUGAGAUUGAAGAUUUAGGUGUGGAGAACUCAUCCGAAUUAAAAUUGAGCUUGAAAUGCCCAUUGUGCCGAGGGACCAUACUUGGCUGGGAAGUUGUGGAAGAGGCCAGGAAAUAUUUGAACCUCAAGAAGAGAAGUUGCUCCAGGGAAUCGUGCUCAUUCUCUGGUAACUACCAGGAAUUGCGACGACAUGCCAGAAGGGUUCACCCUACAACCCGACCCUCUGACAUUGAUCCAUCUAGAGAACAAGCCUGGAGGCACCUUGAGCACCAGAGAGAGUAUGGUGAUAUUGUUAGUGCUAUUCGUUCAGCUGUGCCUGGUGCUGUUGUGGUUGGGGACUACAUCAUUGAAAAUGGAGAUCGACUGGCAGGCGAAAGGCAAAGUGGUGCAGGGGACACUAAUGGCCCAUGGUGGACUACCCUGUUUUUGUUUCAGAUGAUUGGCUCAAUGGACAGUGUUGGGGAACCUAGGGCCCGGUCAAGGGCUUGGACAAGGCAUCGACGAACAGCAGGAUCUUCAUCAGAACGGCGGUUUCUUUGGGGCGAGAACCUGUUGGGUUUGCAUGGUAAUGAUGACAACGAUGAAGACGUUUUACGAAUUUUAGGUGAAGAUGCAUCACCAGUUCCUAGAAGGCGCCGGCGCUUAGCACGGUCAAGGUCCAAUGAAGAUAGACCAUGAAGCAUAAUUAUAUAUGGUACAUUUCCAGUUCAUUGCUAUUUACUGGAGUUCUUUUCCAAUUUGGGUUGGCUGACCCAACUGGUGUCUUUGCCAUUAUCGAUUCAGUGAUACCUGCUCUGAUUAAGAACCAUGAUUUCAGAAACUUAUAAGGUCGGUCCCUGUCAAGAAGCAGCAGAAAGUCUGCCCCCAGAUGAGGGGGAUUCUAGUUUAGCUCAAGUUCUGUAAAUGGAGUGGAAAAGAGAGUUUCAAUUUUAUUGCUAAACACGAGUCACACUUGGCUAUUUCCAUUGCAGGUGGAAGUGGAGUUUAUGCAUUGUUAUUGCUUGGGACUUUGUAUUUGUGUUAUGAAUUAUGUCGGGAUGAUUUCCAUUCGAAUUCUUUUCUA